AUGAAGCUAAAGUUACCGAGUCCGAAGAGAUUGGUUUGCAGCGCGUUUCCUAUACUGCGGUGGUCAAGGACUUACGACACAAGUUCAGCGGUAGGAGACUUAAUAGCCGGUAUUACAGUCGCCCUGACAUUGGUACCGCAGUCGAUUGCGUACGCAUCGCUUGCCGGAUUUGAACCUCAGUAUGGCCUUUACUCAUCGUUUAUGGGGCCGUUCGUGUACGCUAUUAUGGGUACAAGUCCACAGGUGAACCUGGGACCUUCAGCAUUAUUAUCGCUUCUUACAUUUACGUACACAAACGGCACAAAUUCAGAUUUCGCCAUACUUCUGUGUUUCAUGGCUGGCAUUGUUCAGCUUGUAGCAGGAAUAGCGCAACUCGGUUUUCUGGUGGAGUUUAUAUCUCUGCCAGUGGUAUCAGGGUUUACGUCAGCUGCCGCAUUGACGAUCGCAUCAUCUCAAGUCAAGGGACUGCUGGGUCUUCGGUACAAUGCUGACACAUUCGUUACCACGUGGAAGAGCUUUUUCCAACACGUUGGCGAGACGAGAUUAACUGACAGCAUGCUUAGCUUGGGAUGCAUUAUAGUGCUCACAGUAAUGAAGGCCAUGAAAGACAUCAAAAUAAAGGACAAGGCGGCGGACGAAAAGGGUUGCCGUAAAGCGAAAGUACUGAAAAAGUUGUUGUGGUUUGGUGGAGUGUCGAGGAAUGCUGUGGUCGUGUGCCUGGCGUCACUCAUAGCUUACUUCGUCUAUGAAGAUAAAUAUAACCCCUUCCUUCUUACUGGUACCAUAACACCAGGUCUACCGCAGGUUCGUCCGCCAGUGUUCCAGACGACUGUUGGUAACACUACAUACACCGCUGGUGAAAUGUUGUCACACCUUGGUUCUGGACUGGCUGUAGUACCUAUAGUCGCUAUAUUGUCUAACGUUGCUAUUGCUAAAGCAUUCGCUAAGGGGAAAACUGUGGAUGCGACACAAGAAAUUGUGGCUUUGGGCGUUUGCAACAUUGUCAGCGCUUUCUUCCGUUCAAUACCUGUGAACGGCUCGUUUUCCCGAAGCGCUGUAAGCGACGCCUCCGGAGUCAAGACACCUGGCUCAGGAAUAUACACGGGUAUAAUAGUGAUAUUGACGCUGGCAUUGCUGACACCUUACUUCUACUUCAUACCCCGCGCUGCACUCUCUUCGGUCAUCGUCUGUGCUGUUCUACAAAUGGUCAAUUAUGAAAUUAUCAAAAAGCUAUGGAAAAGUAGCCGAAUGGAUUUAAUACCGCUAUUCGGUACCUUCCUAUGCUGUCUAUUCUUGGGCGUUGAGAUUGGCCUGGUCUGCGGUGUGGGAGUUGAUGCACUACUACUUCUAUAUUACCACUCACGACCACCCUUAGAUGUGCAGUACAUUGAUGAUGGUGUCCUCCCACCUCAUUACGCAAUCCGUCCUGUAGGAGGUUUACACUUCGCAGGCGCAGAAAGAGUUCGACAAAAACUAUUUAUGCUACAACAUAACAAGCCUGACGUUAUCCCGGUCACAACCAUUCAUAUUACGAGCAAUGGCACAGAUAGUGAAGCUGCUAGGAAUAGUCAGAGAAACAUUCCUACUACGAAUGGGACAACCAGCAAUGGUACAGCUUCAGUCAUGAAAAGAAAUGACGUCGAAGCUAAUGGUGUUAGAACUACAGAACUGUUAGUCAUAUACUGUGAUUCGUUAUACAAGCUGGACUACACUUUCCUGCAGAGCAUGAAAAUGUUAGUACAGGACUGGUCCCGUGUAGGACGAGUAAUUUGGUGUAACGCACGGCCGGCGGUCAAAGAGCAACUGUCUGAAGUGCUUCCAGAACCUAUAUUCUGUGACAGCAACCAGUUGAAACCCUUCCUCAAAGGUUCGGCCGAGGAAUCACAAACUAUGAAUAACGAUACUACAGCGUUUUAA